AUGAAAAAAUUACAUCAUGAUAAACUUAUACAAUUAUAUGCUGUUUGUAUGGAACCACCAGAUCAACCAAUUUAUAUUAUUACUGAACUUAUGUGUAAUGGAAUUGUAUUAGAUUAUCUUCGUGAUGGACCCGGACAAGAACUUAAAUUACCAACACUUGUUAACAUGGCUGCACAAAUUACUUUUGGAAUGGCUUAUUUAGAACAUGAACAUUAUAUCCAUAGGGAUUCAGCCACUCGGAUUGUUAUCGUUGCCGAGAAUGGUAUCGUUAAAAUUGCAAAUUUUGGUUUAGCUCAUAUUAUUAGUGAAGGUACAUAUGUAGCUCUAGCUGGAGAAAUAUUUCCAAUAAAAUGGACAGCUCCAGAAGCAGCUAUAUGCGAUAAAUUUACAAUUAAAUCAGAUGUAUGGUUAUAUGAAAUCUUACUCUAUGAACUUGUGACAUAUGGUCAAGUGCCAUAUCCAGGUCUGAAAACAAAAAAAAUAAUAAUAAUUAUAAACAAAAAUACAUAUUCAUAUGUUUUAUAG